AAUUGCAAUUUGCACCAUGGCGACCACCGUCUACGAUUACAUUGUCAUUGGCGGCGGCUCGGGCGGCAACUCGUCCGCGCGCCGCGCCGCCGCCUACGGCGCCAAGGUCCUUCUCAUCGAGCGCGGCCACGCCAACGACGGCGCCGGUAUGGGCGGCACCUGUGUCAACGUCGGCUGCGUGCCCAAGAAGAUCAUGUUCAACGCAGCGCUCCACGCCGAGAUGCUCCACUCGGCACACGCGUACACGUUCAAAAACAUCCAGGACGUCGAGUACGGCUCGUUCGACUGGGCGGCGCUCAAGAAGAAGCGUGACGCGUACGUCGCCCGCCUCAACGGCAUCUACGAGCGCAACCUUGGCAACAACCAGAUCCCGCUCGUCUACGGCGCCGCCAAGUUUGUCGACAACCACACGGUCGAGGUCAACGGCGACCGGUACACGGCCAAGCACAUCCUCAUCGCGGUCGGUGGUGUCCCGGCCAUGCCUCCGCUGCCGGGCAUCGAGCACGCGAUUUCGAGCGACGGCUUCUUCGCACUCGAGACGCAGCCCCGCAAGGUCGCAGUCGUUGGCGCCGGCUACAUUGCGGUCGAGCUCGCCGGUAUCUUUAACGCGCUCAAGUCGGACACGACGCUCUUUUGCCGCGGCAACCAGGUGCUGCGCACGUUUGACCCGAUCGUGCGCGACCUCGUCAACACCGAGAUGGAGCACGCCGGCGUUCACUUUGUGCGCGAGAGCGGCAUCACGUCGAUCGAGAAGGCGGUUGACGGGUACGCUGACGAUUCAGGCGACGGUGGCGGCGUGCCGCAGUCGUUUCCAGGCUUUGAGACCGUCCUCUUUGCGAUUGGUCGCACGCCCCGCACGCACGACUUGGGUUUAGAGACCACUGACAUUGCCCUUUCCGCCGACAAGUUUAUCCAAGUCGACGCCCAAGAAAACACAAGUGUCCCGAACGUGUAUGCGGUGGGCGAUGUCACGACGACGGGGUGGGAGCUGACGCCGGUGGCGAUUGCGGCGGGUCGUCGCCUCGCCGACCGUCUCUUUGGCAACGAGCCGAACGCGUGCAUCAACUACCACCAAAUCCCCACGGUCGUGUUUAGCCACCCGCCGAUUGGCACGAUUGGCUUGACCGAGCCGCAGGCCAUUGCGCAGUACGGUGCCAACAACGUCAAGGUGUACACGAGUUCGUUCUUCAACAUGUUUUACGCCAUGAGCGAGCAAGACGACAAACAAAAGACCGCCAUGAAGCUCAUUUGCAUCGGCGAAGAAGAGACGGUCGUCGGCGUUCACGUCGCGGGCCUCGGCGCCGACGAGAUGAUCCAGGGCUUUGGCGUUGCGGUCAAGAUGGGUGCGUACAAGUCGGACUUUGACAAUAUCGUGGCGAUCCACCCGACAGCGUCGGAGGAGCUCGUGACGAUGCCCGAGUGGGGCAAGAUCAAGGACAUUGUGACGUUGCCGCUUGGCACGGCGCGCAAGCCGCCGACGCUCAAGCCCAAGGACAGCGCGCUGUAA